AGCUCUGUCCCGCCUCCAGUCUGCCAUUGGAUGUGUCCCGUUCCCAGGCGCCUCCUCGGUGUCUCACAUGACUGGCAGUGUUUGUGCGGCCGGCUGUCCCGGGAGCUACUGGAGCCGCCCUGCUCGGAGACCCGGGCCGGACUGGGAUGUUCCGCUGUAGCGGCUCAUGGAUCCCCGGGAGGUGAAGGAUCGGAUCCUGGAGAACAUUUCUCUCUCCGUCAAAAAGUUACAGAGCUACUUUGCUGCGUGUGAAGAUGAGACGCCGGCAAUCCGUAACCACGACCGCGUCCUGCAGAGACUGUGCGAGCAUCUGGACCAUGCGCUUCUGUACGGGCUGCAGGACAUCGCGUCAGGAUAUUGGGUGCUGGUUGUGCAUUUCACCCGCAGAGAGGCCGUGAAACAGAUUGAGGAUCAGCAGCAUGUGGCCACCCUCCUGGGGCGCAGUCGCGCGUGGCUCUACUUGGCCCUUAAUGAGAACUCGCUGGAGAGUUACCUGCGAUUAUUCCAAGAGAACCAAAGUUUGCUGCAGAAAUAUUACUACAAGAACGCUUUAGUCUGCAGCCACGACCAUCUGACCCUCUUUCUCACGCUGGUGUCGGGCCUGGAGUUCAUUCGCUUUGAGCUGGAGAUGGAUGUGCCGUAUCUGGACCUGGCCCCUUACAUGCCCGAGUAUUACAAGCCCCAGCACCUUCUGGAUUUCGAGGAUCGGCUUCGACAUUCCGUCCAUGGGUCCGACAGCUUGUCCCUUAACUCUUUCAACUCCAUAAAUUCUACCAACCUGGAGUGGGACGACAGCGCCAUCGCGCCAUCUAGUGAGGAUUAUGAUUUUGGAGAUGUUUACCCUGCAGUGCCGUCCGUGCCCAGUGCAGACUGGGAAGAUGGAGAAGUGCAUGAUGGGACGAGCUUUCCCCGGCCGGCGGCCCUUUUGCACAAUGGCUACAAACCCCACGGGAAGACCCCGAAAGAGAGGUACAACCCGUUCACCCAGGACCUGUCCUCUUCCGACGUCACCUCGGGGCCCGGCACAACAGCUGACACUCCGGACACAAGUGAACCCAACACUCAGGAUUCGGAGCUGGAUGUGACUUCCUUGGACACAACGUUGUCCUAUAACCAGGCGGCCAGGAUGGUGGAGCCCCACUCGGACAGCACCGAUAUUAGCACCCAGGAUAUAGCCGAUGGACUGUCCACUUCAGAAUCAACACCCAUACACAGCGCCAGCCACAGGGUGGACUCCACCUCCAGUUACACCCAGUACCCCGAUAACAGCUCUGAGCUGGAGGUCAUCAGGCUGGUAAAGAAGAAGCGAACUGGUAAGCGCCGUAGGGGUCGUUCAGAAGAUGGAACCCAGCACCCUCACCCCGGUACCUUAGAACCCCAUGACCCAGUCCCCGAGCAAGAGAAUGUUUCAGCCUCUUGUCAUGGGGCAACUGAAGAGAAACCAAGUGACCUUCUCGAGACGGAUAUCCGACUCCCCAAGAUGCAGGACACCUCCAUGGAGCAGGUUGGGCAGCCGCUGAGUGAGCUCAUAGACAAGUUGAAUGGGCAACUAGACCACCAGGCCUGGAACGUUCAUCCUGAGCCCACGGACCAGUCCUUUCGGACCUGUUCUCCGGGGGAGACCUCCGGUGACCUCCAAGGUCAAAACAUUGGCCAGGGGAUUCAGGAUCCCAUGGACUUCUACUACUUUACCCCAGAGAGUCCAAACGCUGCUGCAACAGGUGGUGGCCACAAUGACUCUCCAGGCCAGGGCCAAUCAGCACAUGUUCCUAGUGGCUCUGAAGAUGUUGGACAAAUGGAAGGCAGAGGAGAGGUAGAGACUAAAGGAGCCCUAGAGGCCCACAUAGAGGAAACUUUAUUAACUGCCCCCAACAGGGGCAAGAAGAGCCCAGCACUGAGCAUUGCUGAAGACUCUGGAGUAGAUGAGGGACAAGGAAGUCCAUCAGAAUCGCCCCACCCCUGCGAGUUCAGGGUGGAUAAUAACCUGCUGCUGUUACUAAUGAUCCACGUGUACAGAGAAAAUGAGGAGCAGUUAUUUAAGAUGUUCCGGAUGAGCACGGGGCACAUGGAGGGGGACGUUCAGCUGCUGUAUGUGCUACUGACCGACUGUUACAUCUACUUACUGAGAAAAGGUGCUGCCGAUAAGCCAUAUAUGGUGGAAGAGGCAGUUUCCUAUAAUGAAUUGGACUACAUCUCGGUUGGAAUAGAUCAGCAGGCCGUUACCCUCGUUUGCACAAACAGGAGGCGGCAGUUUAUGGUGGAUACCGCAGACGUGACUCUAACUGAUGUCUUUCUGGCUGCACUAAAUUCAGCCAUGAUUAAUGGAUGCCGAGAGCCCCCCUAUCCAGGCGUUCUGACUGAUGCCACAAUGGAGAAGCUGGCGCUGGCUAAAUUUCUCUCCCAGGAGUUCAAGAGAGAGGCUUGUUUUAUAUUGGUACAGACAUCGGAGGUAGUGACUCUGUACUAUGGGUUGGUGCACUGGGAAGACCCCCUGGAUGAUGCAGCCGGACCCAGCAGUUCACAUUACACAUCCAGAGAUCAGACUGUGUCUAAGGAAGGGGUCCUGCACUAUAAGGCCAACACCUCGUACCUGGGCCGAGAGACUUGGAAGAGCUGCUACGUGGUAUUAAGUAACGGCAUCUUAUACCAGUACCCAGACAGGACCGACGUCAUCCCCAUGCUCUCCAUCAACAUGGGGGGGGAGCAGUGCGGUGGCUGCCGGAGAUCAAACACCACCGAUCGGCCACACUCUUUCCAGGUCAUCCUCACUGACCGGCCUUCCCUGGAGCUGAGUGCAGACAAGGAGGAGGAUAUGGCUGACUGGAUGCUGCACCUUUGCCAGGCAGUUUCCAAAGGGGUAAUUCCUCAGGGGGGUGUCCCCUCUCAGUGCCUGCCCUGUUGCCUGGUUCUGACCCAGGAUAAAGUCAUCAUGUGCCACCAGGACUGUCAGACCAGCUUCUUCCGUGCCCUGGGGGAGGCGGAGCUGCUGGAUAUUUCUGCCCUGAGCACAGAACGUGAGAAGGAAUAUUGUGUCCUGGAGUUCACUCAGGAUCGCAGCCGAUUCUUGCCCCCCUGGGUGCUGUACUUUAGCUGCCGGCAGGAGCUGGAGAGGUUUGGGUCGGUGCUGAGAGGGGCCUGGAAGUCUAUGUACCAGGUGGAGCUCCCCCACAAGCCUAUGCAGGACAACACCCUAAAAAAGUGUGAGGACGCCCUCUCCCUUAUCCACAGUGCUUGGCAACGCAGUGACAGUCUGUGCCGUGGACGAUCAGCUCGUGACCCCUGGUGCUGACCCCCCACCCAGGACUGAAAUGUAAAACACAAGCCCCCCCCAGUCAUCUCAGUCAAGCUCCGGCCCCGGGAAUAUUUCUAUCUCUAAUAUAUCUAACUGACUGUGGGGGGCGCAAUGGAGCACAGAGCUUACAGACUUUCCAAUAGAAAUGGGGGAGAAUGCUUUGAGUUGAGUUGUACAGAUUCCAGGGCACCAACCCUAUAAUCCCAUUUAUAUAUAUAUAGAGUUAGCUGUAUAUUUCUAUGAGCCUGCUGUGUAUAUGUGCAUAUAUACUCACUGCUGCUUCUAUUAACCUGGAGCUUUACGGUACAGUUCUGGGAUGGAGGUAACUGGGGUGUGAGUGGUUGGUUUGGCCCAUUGAUGUUAAAACCACUUCUGAUGUGAUGAAUGCAAUGGCCGGGACACUCCUGGGGGGGGGGGGGGGGGGUUAAAUGCUGGUUCUGCUUGAAGCUUUCCUAUAUAGUAAGUCAAUUUGUGACUAUCUUGCAUUGGGCCCUUCCAAUCUCCCCUCUUCUGCUAAUGGACUGUCCCAAUAACACAGCCUCCUUGUUGCACUAAUACAGACUCUUAUGGACACUUUAAAGAGGGAGGGGGUGGUUAAAAAUGUGCAUCAGUUAAUAUGGGUCCCGUUACCAGUGAGUGAUAUCACAAUGGCACCCUCUCUUUACUUGUUGUACACUUAACUACACUAGGGGGCGCCAUGGAGCUGCAGAUUCCUUGGUAGAUAGGGUGGGUGAGUUUCUGCUGUGUGUAGUGGAGAGAGGGGGGCUCUAGACAGAAGCAGGUAUCACUGACCCGCAGCCCAGGGAUUGUGCCUUUGAUGUUCCCAAAAUUAGAGUAAAAUGGUAACUUUGGGGGCUUUUGUGCAGUUUUAGCAAUUCCCCAGCUCAGAAAAUGAUCAUCAGGGGAAAUAGCCCCGCCCCUUCUAGGCAAAACCAUUUCAGCUUUGCUCUCCAGCACCAGGACAUUUCUGGGGUCUCACUGGGAAAAGCAUUUCCCUCUCAGUGGCAAUAAGGUCUUUCUGCCAGUAGGUGGCGCCUCUAUGCAUUUUAACAGCAGGAGACCCACCAUUUAUUUCCUAUGCAGGAGAGCUGAGUUCUGAUUGGUUGAUACGACUCAGACUAUUUCUCAUUGAUUGUUCAGUAUCAGGUUCUGCUAUUGGCUGCUCAGAUGCUUCAGUGAGUGAGGGGUUACAGCAUUUUGGUUUGUACAUCUGGCCUUCAGUGCCUUGGGGGGAUGGAAGGGUUCCCCAUAAUAUAUAUAAAUCUAUAUCACAUGUGACCAUGUUUAAUCUGGGAAACGUGUGUUUUUGUUUCGUUAAUUAUUUGCAUUUCUGUUAUUUCUCUCUCCAGCCUGAAAUUUAAAAUGCCAUUUGCUAUGGAAAGACUCCCUGGCAACCGAAAGGCUUGUGUUUGUUUUCCUAAAAUAGCGCAGAGCAAAUGACAUGGGAAAUUAAAGGGAAUUUCAUUCCAAUAGGAAAUCCCUGUGUUUAGGGGGCCUGCUGCCUAAUAACGAGGCAAUAACUAGUCACUAGCCCAGGGCUGCACAUCUUGCCCUUCCCCCACACGUGAACUGAUAUUACAGGGGGCAUGAGCCACAUUUAGAGGGGCUGCCCCAGUAUCUGUUAGUGGUCCCAUGCAGGACUUUGUAGCUGCCCCCCCAUCCCUGUACCCCACUAGCCCCCCCCUCUGUCCCUGAUGAAUGUAAAUAAUGAUAUUUGCAAGGAACUGGGCAUGUGUUCAUAUAUAUAUAUAUAUAUAUAUAUAUAUAAAUAAAUUAACAUGAGAAUGUUUUUGGAA